AUGGCCAUUUUGAGGCUGCGCAGGCCCGGCAUGGCAGGCUGGUCAGCCUCCGUCAAGGACGGCUUGAAAUCUCGGACACAUGUCUCGGGCUGGACUCUGCCCAAACAGCCCAGCUCCGUCGCUCCUCCAAACGUCUGGAGUAACGCUGAUCAGGACCCUGUGCCUCCAGAAAGACGAACCUGGACAGCACGAACAUUCGUCGCAUACUGGUUCAGCGACCUGGUCACGGUUUCCACCUGGUCUCAAGGCAGCUCGGUGGUUGCAGCCGGCCUUUCUGCGUCAGAUGCCAUGCUCAUUUGUUUCGUUGCCAGCAUGUGCAACGCUGUGCCCAUCGUCCUCAAUGGAGCCAUCGGCAGUGCUUUGCAUAUUCCAUUUCCGAUUGCCGCUCGGGCGUCGUACGGGUACUGGCUGUCUUUCUUUGCCGUCGGCUCCAGAGCGAUCCUUGCGCUUUUCUGGUUCGGCGUGAACAGCGCUGCUGGUGGUCUCGCGGUAACUCAAAUGAUCAAGGCAAUCUGGCCGUCAUACGCAAACUUGCCUAACCACCUACCAGCCUCGGCAGGCAUAACGACGCAGGGAAUGGUCUCGUAUGUGCUGUUUCAUCUGUUGCAGCUCCCGUUCCUAUUCAUACCCAUGCAUCGGCUCCAGCCACUCUUUCUGGCUAAAGUAAUUGUCAUGCCCCCCGUUGCCAUCGGCAUGGUGUCUUGGAUCGCUACUCAAGCUGGUGGUAACGACUUCUUCGACGCCCCGGCGACUGUUUCCGGCAAUACCAGAGUCUGGCUUUGGCUUGCCAGCAUGACUUCGGUCACCGCAUCUUAUUCUACACUUGCUGUCAACAUUCCCGACUUCAGCAGAUUUGCCAAAAGUCUACGGGCUCAAAUAUGGCAACUUCCUUUCAUCCCGAUCUUCAAGGUGGUCAUUGCCGCUUGCGGUAUCAUUUCGGCGUCCGCAUCCAAAAAGAUCUACGGAGAGGCUUUGUGGAAUCCACUCCUGAUCAUCGACAAUUGGCACGGCUCGUCAGGUGGCCGCGCUGCCGCAUUCUUCUGCUCCAUCUGCUGGUGUCUUGCUCAGAUCUGUUUGAAUAUUUCGGCAAACUCGCUCUCUUUCUCCAACGAUAUCACAUCACUGCUACCAAGAUUCAUCAACAUCCGGAGAGGCUCGGUCAUAUGCUUUCUGAUCGGGGGGUGGGCACUGUGCCCGUGGCUGAUUCUGAAAUCCGGCCAGACGUUUCUCAACUUCAUGUCAGCAUAUGCCAUCUUCAUGGCGCCCUUAGCCGGGUUUCUCAUGUGUGACUAUUGGAUCGUCAAACGCCGGAGAUACGAUGUCCCGGCACUGUACGACCCCAACGGCAUUUAUGGAAAGUGCAACUGGCGAUCAUUGAUCAUUCUGAUUAUAACCAUCGUCCCGAUGUUGCCCGGAUUGGCAAACAAAGUCUCACCGGACACAGUACAUAUACCUACCGGGCUUCAACAUCUUUUUGCAAUCAACUGGCUUUACGGAUUUUGCCUCACGGUUGUGCUCUACGCGGUGUUGAACUUCGUGUUCCCUGAUAAAAAGACACUGAUCCCUCGUGUCAUUGAGGGUAUUUCUUCACCGGAAGUUGUGGAUGUGGAGGACCCUAGCUCUGACUCCAAAAGUCAACAUGUGAGCGCAGAACAAGUAAAUAGCGAUUGA